UAUAUCGGCGUGCAUUUACUAACGCCUAAAUACCGUUCGUUUCAACUCUCUCUCUCUCUAAAAACUCCUUGAGGUUUCAGAGGCUGCUGAGGUCUUCAUCGUUUCGUCCUCCAUCUUAAUCGCCCUUCCUCUCCGUCAAACCUCUCUUCUCUCCUCUCCUCCCUCAAAUCAACCAAUCAAACGACAUGUCGUCCUCGGGCGGCAACUCCGGCAUCGCCCCCUCUCAGCUGUACUUUUGCCACCAGUGCGAUCGCACCGUUUCCCUCAACCCUUCCCCUACCUCCGAUCUCAAUUGCCCUAUUUGCAGUGACGGCUUCCUCGAAGAGAUGGAAACCUCUAACCCUAACCCUUCCCCCAAUCCCUUCUUCUCCUUCCCCUCCGACGCCCCUCCCUUCGCCUCCUCCAGCGGUUUUCCCUCCUUUCUCUUCAGCACCCCAGCAGGCCCCGCCGCCGGUGGUCCGGGAAAUCUUGGCGACGAACUCUCCGCCUUCCUCGGUGGUGGCGCGCCUUCCUCCCGCUCGUCCCCCUUUCAGGACCCCGACGCCUUCGACCCCUUUGUGUUCCUCCAGAACUAUUUGCAAACCCUAAGGGCCAAUGGUGCCAAUGUUCAGUUUGUGAUUGAUAACAGCGGCGGAGGAGGAGGAGGAGGAGUAGGGGAUCCUUCAGCCUUCCGUGUUCCCACCAAUCUUAAUUUUGGAGAUUACUUCUUCGGCCCAGGCCUCGAGCAACUCAUCCAGCAGCUUGCCGAGAAUGAUCCAAACCGCUACGGCACGCCACCGGCUUCAAAGUCUGCCAUCGAGGCCUUGCCAGUUGUGAAAAUCUCAAAGGAACUCUUGGAUUCUGAUUCUUCUCAGUGCGCAGUGUGUAAGGACUCGUUUGAGCUUGGGGAGGAGGCCAAGCAGAUGCCCUGCAAGCACUUAUACCAUUCUGAUUGUAUUCUUCCCUGGUUGGAAUUGCAUAACUCAUGCCCUGUUUGUCGCCACGAGUUGCCAACCGAUGAUUCAGAGUAUGAGCAGAGGAUUCGUGGCGGCGAUGCAGCCAAUGCAAAUACAACUCAAUCUUCUGCUGCUGCCAACAAUUCCAGUGGUGUUGGUGGGAGUAGGGGGCCAGCUGUUGACAUUCAGAGUCAGGCACCACGUACAGUUGAGCGGAGGUUCACCAUUUCCUUGCCUCGCAUUUUUAGGGUAUUUGGUGGUGCACCCGAGACUAGUAAUACUGGGAGUGCAAGUGGAAACAAUGAUGGGCCUAACUCAGGGAAUAGGGGAAGCCAUAACUCGGAAUCUGAGCCCAGACAAGAAGAUCUUGAUUGAGGACAAUUGGAGGCAUUGCAAUAGUUCGUGUGGUGAUAUUAGUGGGUUUUGGAUGUUGUGGAAUGAAAUGUUCCUGUUGUGAUUUGAUCAUCAUGGAAUCAAAACAGUAGGCCAAGCAUUGGAUGUUGUGACCUUGCGAUAGUCCUUGUGGUGAUACUAGUGGGUUUUGGAUGUCGUUGGAAUGAAAUGUUCAUAUGGUGAUUUGACCAUCUUGGAGUCAAACAUUUGGCCAGGCGUGGAGGUUAUAGCCAUGAUCCCAGUUCACACUACUGGUAAUGAAUACAUAGUGGAUUUAUUUUGCUUGCUAUGAUAAUGACCUAGGAGUGGUAUCAGCUUUUCUUUUAAAUAUGGAUGUGGGUAGUAUCAUUCUGUGGUUUCACUAGGUCUUGAGGAGGUAGAGAUGGUGAGAGAUUUGUUAUUGUGGAUGCAAUGUUUCUUAUUACACAGCAAAAGUUUCUUGAAAGUGUGGAAUAUAGUAACAAUCGACCCUUGUUGGGUUUGGCUCAGUGCUACGGAUGUGCAGUUGGAUAUCUAAACAAGUUUUUGUAUCAUGCUGUUUAUCUGCUUGCUUGCAAGUUGCAGCCUCUCUAGUUUCUGGUGUAUGCUUCAGUGAAAAGCUUUAAAGGAAAAUGCACCUGAGUUGAAUACUUUAGGGGUUGUGGGUUGUGAUUCCCCACUCAAAUAUACAUGGGGAAGAAUACUUGAAGUGGAACCUUUCCUCUUCAAUUUUCUCCCUACCCUUCCGAAGAGAAUAAUUGCUCUUUUUCCUUGGUUCUAGACAAAGUCUGAACUCUAGCAUUCUUUCAAAAGAAAAGAAAGAGCCAAAGAGGAUUUUUGUCAUUGCAAUACACAAUCAUUUACUCGUAUGCUAUCCUUGUGUACAAUAGUCUAGUUGCAGGAAAACGAAACGAAGAGGCGGGACUCCUCUUUGUUAGAGAUAAUUUUACGACUACGAUGCAUA